AUGGAAGCUGAUUCGGGCGAGAGCCCGGAGGAGCUCGCUCGCCUCCGGAAGGAGCGGUCGCUGCUGCUGGGGGAGCUCGGCACGCUUCGCGCGAAGUUUGAGCUCACGCUGCAGACGCUACGGUCCAUCCUGGGCCUUGAGCUGAAUUGCUCCUGGGCGGACAUCGUGGAGCAUGUAGAAUUACUUGGACGGCUUGCCGAUGGUCACAAGGGCCAAGACAAGUCCAUCAAGGAGGAGGAAGACGACGACGAGGAGAGUGAGGCAGAGGAGCUUCGACAGCUGCUCCUGCAAGCAGAAAUGGACCUGGAUGAAAAAGAGCAGCAGCUAGAAGAGCAAUGCGCUCGCGUUCGGGACCUUUCUGAUGUGCUAUCCAAGCAACAAAAUGUCUUGGACAUGACGCCCCGGCUAGCUUGUGCCAUCGCCUGA